AUGUCUCCUCCUCGCGGCACCGCUGGGAAGAGCCCAGCUUCCAGUGACCAUGAUCGGAGUGCAAUGGCGCAUCUACAGGUAGUCGAGCAGAACCUGGUCUCUUCGGCGACUCGACCGUUGGCAGCACUCUUCCACAGGACGGUACCUGGCAAGCGCCACUCUGUCCUCCUAGAUCCGAUGCAGUUCCACAACGCGCUCUUCAAGGGGCUGGAAAGCGAUCCCCCUUUGACUCAACAAGUGGUGAUGACUUUGGCGACAUCCAACGAUGCGGCACCAAUGAUCUCAGCUAUGAUGUCUCGUUUCGCCGCCGACACAACGCUAAUGGCAGCCCUGAAGGACGCUUGCAGCACUUGGCCAAGUUUGGGGUCCUCGCUCAUUUCUUUGGCGAAUCGCGCUGUGGCUGUCCUCAACGCAGGAGCUUGGAUCAAGGGAGAGAAUGAAGCAAUCAACGCUCUUGCAGGAUGGGUACUACACCUUUACAGAAAGAAUCGACAUGGCUUCUUCAGAAAGAUGAGGAUGUCAACUGAAGACAGUCUGCAAUUGUGCGCACGGCUCCUGUUAUGCAUCUUCGAGGACCUGGCCUAUGACGGGAACUGUUUCAAGACGAUUCUCUCAGGCGAUCUCGCUGUCCCUACCCAGCUCGAAAUGCGCAAGAAGCUCGAGGCGCAGUACAUCUUCGUCAAGACCUUGGCAGAAGCAUAUCAAAAACAACUGGCCGCCCAAAAGGAGUCAUACGAAAAGGAGAUCUCUACGUGCACAACUAGUCCCGCCACCCCGUCGUCCAGGGCUCAACACGUCACCAAUGUUGGAGACCUGACCAAGCAGCUCGCGGCAUCUCAAACCAAGCUCAAUGCUACAGAACUAGAGCUCCAGAACACAAAGAACCAGCUUGAGUCUACUGAGCACAACAUGGGAAAAGUCAAGUGA